GGACCCGAUUUUGAAGGCCUCAGUACUCCGGGGAAGGGGAGCGCUGGAUUGUAACACCAAUUUAGUUUUUUUUGCCGUGAGAAAUACGAUGUAUGGCGUGAGUGCGCGUGAAAACAUGCAAAAGUGUGUGUCGAUAAGCCGUGCAGAGCUGAAUACAUUGAUUGCUCGAGGAGGAGCUGAGUACCUCCUCCACCCUCCCUCCCUGAGAGGAGGACGAAGGUAAAGUAAAGUUGGUGUGAGUGACGCAGAGCUGCAGUCCAGACGAGUCUCUCUGUUUCUCUCUAAAGAAACAACUGAAUCCAGCAGCUUUUCAUCAACAACACAAGAGGAUCUCUGACAAACUCUGAGUGUCGAUAUGUCUGCUGCCAGCUGUCUGCAGACAGAAGAUCAGUUUCUGUGCUCCAUCUGUCUGGACGUGUUCACUCAUCCAGUCACCAUACCAUGUGGACACAACUUCUGUAAAGCCUGCAUCACUGACCACUGGAACGUUAAUGCCCCGUCUAACUGUCCUAACUGUAACCAGGGUUUUAACACCAGACCUGAGCUGCAGGUCAACACAUUCAUCUCUGAGAUGGCUGCUCAGUUCAGACUGUCAACUCAACAGAAAGCCAGCAGCAGCAGCUCCGAGCAACAAGCUGCCCAACCAGGAGAAGUUCCCUGUGACGUCUGCACUGGAACCAAAGUGAAGGCCCUCAAGUCCUGCCUGGUGUGUCUGGUCUCCUACUGUGAGGCUCACCUGGAGCCUCAUCUGACUACGUCAGGUCUGAAGAGACAUCAGCUGAUGGACCCUGUGGAGAACCUGGAAGGCAGGAUGUGUACGAAGCACGAUAAACUGCUGGAGCUGUUCUGUAAGACCGACCAGAUGUGUGUCUGCAUGCUCUGCACUGUUUUAGACCACAAGAACCAUGAUGUUGUUCCUCUGGGAGAAGAAUAUGAAGGAAAGAAGGCCGAGCUGGGGAAGACUGAGGCUGAAGUCCAGCAGAUGAUCCAGAAGAGACGGCUGAAGAUUCAGGAGAUCAAACACUCAGUGGAGCUCAGUGAGGAAGCAGCAGACAGAGAGGUAGCAGAAGGUGUCCUGGUCUUCAGCGCUCUGAAGGAGUCUGUUGAGAGAAGCCAGGCGGAGCUCAUCGACACCAUCAAAGAGAAGCAGAGAAAGAAACAGAAACAGGCUGAAGGCUUCAUCAUCAAGCUGGAACAGGAGAUCUCUGAGCUGAAGAAGAGAAGCACUGAGGUGGAGCAGCUCUCACACUCUGAAGACCACCUCCACCUCCUCCAGAGCUUCAGGACCCUGAACACUGCUCCACCCACCAAGGACUGGACAGGAGUCAGAGUCAGUGCACCUUCAUAUGAGGGGACUGUGGUGAGAGCUGUGCACCAGCUGGAGAAGAAGCUCAGUAAACAGAUGAAGAAGCUGCUGGAGGUCGAGCUGAAGAGAGUCCAGCAGUCUGCAGUGGAUGUGACACUUGAUCCUGAUACAGCACAUCCUCAACUCAUCCUGUCUGAUGGUGAAAAACAAGUUAAAGAUGGAGCUGUAGAGAAGAAUCUCCCAGACAAUCCAGAGAGAUUUAAUUGUUAUCCUGUUGUUUUAGGAAAGCAGAGUUUCUCUUCAGGUAGAUUUUACUACGAGGUUCAGGUUAAAGGGAAGACUGACUGGUGGUUAGGAGUGGUGAGAGAGUCCAUCAACAGGAAGGGAAACAUCUCACCGUCUCCUCAGAAUGGUUACUGGACGAUAUGGUUGAGGAAUGAGAAUAGUUACUCUGCUUGGGCUGGCCCAUCAGUCCGUCUCUCUCUGGAGUCCCGGCCUGAGAAGGUGGGGGUGUUUGUGGAUUAUGAGGAGGGUCUGGUCUCCUUUUAUGACGUUGGUGCUGCAGCUCUGAUCUACUCCUUUACUGACUGCUGCUUCACUGAGAAACUCUACCCUCUCUUUAGUCCAUUUAUUAAUUAUAAUGGUAAAAACUCUGCUCCUCUGAUCAUCUCUGCUGUCAAUCACACUGAGUAGAACAAACUGUUGAUGUUCAUUCAUUCAUGUCUGAAUCUCUUAACAAAUCUACAUUAUUGAUCAUUUUCAGUAUAUAGGUGAUUGAUUUUUCACUUUCUGUGUUUUUUUUCUAUUUAUCUGUAAAUAUUUGACUUUGAUUUGUUUCGUUUUUACUCCUCCAACACACAUAUUGUAAACUACUGAUGGAUUAUCUGAUGUAGUUUGAUUUAUUAUAAUAACUGCAUCUG